CGUUUGCGCGUCAGGUGCCAACGGUAAUUUGAAAUCACAAAACAAAAUUCAAAACAAAGAAACAUUGCAGAGCGCAAAAAUCAUUGCAAAUUUAUAAAAAUUGCUGGACUGUUGCGCUAGUGAAGUGAAAAGUGAAACAUUUUAAUUAUUUUAAAUAUAUUAUAAUGUUGUAAAAAAACUAGGGUCCUUACAAACAAUAUGGAAAAUAUGGAUUUAAAUGCGCCUGACAACCAUCGGGGUUCGGUGUCUUCGACCAGAUCCCUUGAAGUACCUGUCACACCGUCGCGUUCGCCCAAAAAAGUCUCAUUCUCAGAUGAGCUACCCAUUAAUACCACCACAACAACAACAGCAGCAACAACAAAAAUUGAGCCACAAAAUGCAGGUCGUGAAGAGCACGGCGCCGUGAGUCACGUGCUGCAGCAAGCGGCCCAUUAUCUCGAGAGAUUACAUGGGGCGCGUGACUACGCGGAAUCAUCCUCAGAUGACGAUGAUAGGCCAUCGUUUCGUAGUGUGGAAAAUCCGCCAAAAAGUGUGCCAUAUAACACCGCAGUCGAUGAGCCUAAUAAUGCGCCCGCCGUACUACAACUGGAUGAGGUUGAUCCCAGCCCAAUGGCAGUUCAGAAGAGUGUCGUUGCGCUUAAUGCUGCGUCACCGAGCAUUCUGAUUGCUAGUGGCAAGCAGGAAGUGAAUAAACUUCAAUCGAAUUUGUACAUGGAACGACACAACCUCAAUUUAGAUAAAAACUGCAGCUCUAUGGAGUUGGAGGCGCGGCGGGAGAAACAGCGUUGGCUAUUGAUAUCUGAAUGCAGUGCACUCUUCGAUGAGGGGAAACACACACGUGAAGCGUUUCGCAAAUUAUUUCUUGAUGAGGAAUUUCAGCAGAAGCUAUUUCAGCUUUUUGAUCUUGAACAAAAUGGUUAUCUGUUGCAAGAUCGCUGGAUUGAACAUCUCAAGGGGCGUCUAACCGACGACAGACAAAUGGAUUUUGCGGAGCAAAUUGAGUCUGUGGCCUAUGUGAUCUGUGGUGAGAACAGCGAAGUGACCUUUAAAAACUUUUGUGAUAUUUGGCACACCCGCGGCGUAUUGGAUAAGCUCUAUCGUCUUAUAGAUACAGAUGGCGCAAGUUUAGUGUCCACAAAUCAAGUUAUGGAAUUUAUAUCGCAUUUAACCAACUCAAGACCACGUACAGGCUUUGACAAAAGCUCUCUGGCUAGACUCGAGCAACUAUUUCGAAACACUGUGGGGAAUGAGCAGGAAAUUCGACGGGAGGAGUUUAACAAAAUUGUGACCUCAAAAAACCCUUUUUUUACGGAACGUGUUUUUCAAAUAUUCGAUAAGGACAAUUCAGGCUCAAUAUCAUUACAAGAAUUUAUAGAUGCCAUACAUCAGUUCUCUGGACAGUCGGCUGAUGAUAAAAUACGAUUUCUCUUUAAAGUUUAUGAUAUUGAUGGUGAUGGUCUCAUACAGCACAAGGAGCUGCAUGAUGUCAUACGACAUUGUAUUAUGGAAAAUGGCAUGGAAUUCUCAGAGGAUCAGAUUGAAGAUCUCACCACUGCCAUGUUUGAGGAUGCCGAUCCUCAUAAUAGCGGUGAAAUAACUUACGAAGCUUUAAAGAAUCAACUUAAUAAGCACGGCGGUCUGCUGGAAAACCUGAGCAUUACCAUCGAUCGCUGGCUUGUGCCCAUCGGCGAGGAUCCAAAUGCGGCAGCUAAGAAGUCUAAGUCUAAAUUGUGGAACUCCAUACCCAUACCUCAUCAGCUGACAUUUGCUUACAUGAAGAACAACCAAGUGUUUGUCACGUAUCUCUUCUUUUACAUUGCUGUGAAUAUUUGCCUAUUUAUCUCCCGUGCCAUACAAUAUCGUGCCAGCAAUGGCUUCGUCAUCUUAGCCAGGGCCUGUGGCCAAUGCUUAAACUUCAACUGCGCCUGGGUACUGGUUCUGAUGCUACGACACACUCUUACCUAUUUGCGUUCUCGAGGGCUUUCUUCGUAUCUGCCGCUGGAUCAUCAUGUCUACCUGCACAAGCUUACCGGCAUCACCAUUUCAGUUCUCAGUCUGGUCCACACGAUCAUGCAUUUAUUUAACUUCUCCAUCAUUGUUAUUAAUGAUCCGAAUAUUAAUGCCGGCCACUACACGAUAAGCGAGUGGCUCUUAACCGAUCGGCCAGGACUUUUUGGCCUUAUUCCAGGAUGUGCGAAUCCCACAGGAGUCGCGCUUUUCGUCAUACUGUUCAUCAUGUUUAUUUGCUCGCAGCCCUUUGUUCGCCGAAAAGGCUCGUUUGAGGUAUUCUACUGGACGCAUUUGUUGUAUGUGCCCUUCUGGAUAUUGACGCUCUUCCACGGACCCAACUUCUGGAAGUGGUUUUUGUUGCCGGGACUAGUCUAUAUUAUCGAACGUAUACUGCGCUACGUGUGGAUGCGUGGAGAGCACGGCAAGACGUACAUCAGCUCCGGUCUUCUGUUACCCUCAAAGGUUAUACAUUUGGUCAUAAAACGACCGUUUCAUUUCAAUUUUCGACCCGGGGACUAUGUGUUCGUCAACAUACCGGCCAUUGCCAACUACGAGUGGCAUCCAUUUACCAUCAGCUCGGCACCAGAACAAGAGGACUACAUGUGGCUACACAUACGUACCGUAGGCGAAUGGACAAACCGUCUAUACCAUUACUUCGAACGGGAGCAGCAGAGACUGCACAAGGGCGAGGUGAUUCCCCAGCACAUGCAUGCCAUUCCCACACCUAGCUUCAUGCUGCUUAAUGAAGUGCGCAAUCCAGCGAUUGGUGAGGGUGCCAGGACCACCACAAGGAACGGGAUUGGGGGUUCGACAUCGACGCCGCAAACUGAUUUUCUAUCUCGCAACAUAUCCAGCAUAGAGUAUUCGAGGGUCAACCCGUUGACGCAUACGCCACCCGUUCGUCCGCCUCGACAAAAUAGAGGCAUAAGCAAAUUGGCGACAGAAAGUCCAAGUACCACUUCAGCUUCCAGUGGUACAGGGGUGGAUCGUAUUCGAAGCAUUAAGAAGACGUUGCAGCGCACGUUCUCCCGGAAAGAAGCAGAUGUUAAGACCAAGGCUGGCAUAACAAACAACAGUUUUGUUAACGAUCGCGAUGAUUCGGUUGGCCAACGGCAAGAUAAAAGACAGAAACCUCUAGAGAAAAGCAUGUCACUGCCCGAUAUCAGUGGGAAGAGCAAAAAGCGCAGCAGACUCAAAACCCUGCGCGCCCUGGGUCGCUCCGAAUCGGAACGCUCGUUUGAUGAUAAACGCGUGCGUCGCACGCGCCUUCACAGCGUGGGAUUGGCCUACCUCAGUCCACAAAAUAAGUCGUUAGCCCAAAGUUUUCGCUAUAUGCGUAACAAGCCUACAAUCAUUGCCUUCAAGACACCCAGCUUGGACAACAACGAUGAGGAAUUUACGAACCACACCGCCGAGUCGGCCACCUAUACAACAAGCGAUGCAGAGCAGGGACGAAUGCCCAAAGGUAAGAAGGUUAAUGGCGCAGCCUAUGAAAGGGCUUCUUCAAAUAAAUUAAGUGGCACGACAGAUGAGUCUAUGGAUAAAAUGCAGCUGACUAAACUCAGCGUUGAGGAACAAGAUUUUGCCGUUUCCAAGCCCCUAGAGGAUACACAAACAGGCAGUAGAAAAGCGCGUAGGCGGCAGCCUACAUUUUUGCGCACAUUGUCCACAUCCAUAACAAAUCGUGGCAGCAAUGGCGACAGCAGUUCCACAUCUAACAGCGGUGGCAAGGUCACACUCGAUGCUGGUGUAAUGGAGAUUUUUAUUGAUGGCCCCUAUGGCGCACCAUCGAGUCACAUCUUUGGGGCACAGCAUGCCGUCCUCAUUGGCACGGGCAUUGGCGUCACGCCCUUUGCCUCCAUACUGCAAUCGAUCAUGCAUAGGUAUUGGAAGGUGCGACACAGUUGUCCUCGAUGCCAUUUCGAGUGGGCCAGCGAGAUACCGAAGAGUGUCAUGAAUCUGCGGAAAGUUGAUUUCUUCUGGAUUAAUCGCGACCAGCGCUCCUUCGAGUGGUUCGUCAACUUGCUCUCACAGCUGGAGAUCGAGCAGGCUGAAUUAGGCGGCGCCAUGGAACGCUUUCUAGACAUGCACAUGUACAUUACCAGUGCCUUACAGCGCACAGACAUGAAAGCUGUUGGUCUUCAGCUAGCGCUGGACUUGCUACACGAAAAGGGGAAACGUGAUCUUAUCACGGGCCUUAAGACACGUACCAAUGCUGGCCGCCCCAAUUGGGAUAAGGUAUUUAAGCAGCUGCAGGCGCAGAAAAAGGGCAAAGUUACUGUCUUCUAUUGUGGUCCACCCCAAUUGGCAAAGACGCUGCGCUACAAAUGCGAUCAGUAUGGAUUUGCUUUCCGUAAGGAGUGUUUCUGAUCGAUCGAGCAAUCUCACUUUUUCUCAUUGUGAACUUAGUUAAUGCUACAUCCCUAGUUAAGCAACGGGUUUUGGUAUUAGUCGUAGACAACUUUGUGCGACGUUUGGAUUGCUAUUUAUUUUUGUCAUGUCAUGUGUUUUGUUUAAUCAUAUAUUUUGGAAAUAUUUUUGUCCAGUUGUGUGUAAGUAUUUAUACAAAGCGUUUGCACAUGCUCGUAUUCUGUAAAUACAUAUUUAUAAUA